AUGAAUCAGAAUAAUAUUGUCGAUUUGUCUCAAUAUUCUUCGCUCAGUGUGGAGCAAUUUGAAAAUAAUCCAUCGUUUUCUCGUGAUUUAUUACAAAAUUUAGGUCUAUAUUCUCAAUAUGAUAUUCCCACUCUCGUUCAAUCAUUACCAAAACGUAUGCAUAAUUUAACAAAAGAUAUUUUGAAUAUUUGGUCAUCUGUCAAACGUGAAUUAACACCCAAUGAACUCAAAUAUUUGGAUCUUAUUUCAGUAAUUGAACUAAAAAUGGCAGAUAUGAUACAAGUUCUUGAAAAAAAUAUUGUCGAUAAAAUUCGAGACAUUCUCUUUCCAACGCCGAUUAUUGAAGCUCUAACUACUUGUGUAACAUACAUACGAGAUGAAUAUGUUGGUGAUCGUACAAAUAAAAUUCUUUUCUACAUUAUACAUAUGUUAGAUGCACGUAUAUUAGUUCAUCGUUUAUGCUAUCAAACUUUAAUAACACAACCAGAUGAUUUAUAUGAUGAAAUUACACGGUGUAUAACACAUAAACAUUCUAAAACUUAUCUAAAAAGUAGUAUCAGUAAUUUUUCAUGCACUCUGGAAAAAUCAUUAACAACUGAAAAUAACAAUUUUGAUUAUCUUCAUUUAUUUUUCAUUGGAUGUUGUACAUAUUUCUACAGUUUAUAUAAACCUCAACCACAAACUAUACCGAUUGAUAAUGAUAAAUACAUCUAUCUUUAUUGUAAAUAUUUUCGUACACUCAUCUCACAAACAGAUUAUUCAUCAAAUGAAAAUAUUAUUUAUUGUCUUCGUGGUGUGAUGGCUUUGUUAACAAAUCGUAUUUCAAUUGAUUAUUGGUUAACUAUUAUUAAUCAAGCAUUCCUUGAACCCGAUGAUACAAUGGUACAAGCAAGAAAUCCGUUUAAUAUUCAUUUUUUUAUAUGUAUAAGUGAACUGUUAAAUAAUGACAACUUAAUUAAAAAAAUUGUUGAUACAUGGUCAAAUAAUGUAACACGUUUACUUGAUAUAACAAUGGUGUUUUUAAACAAUUUAUGUGUUGCCGAUAAUGAUACAAAUCAGGUUGUUGAUUUAUUGAAGAAUUCACCACAUUACGUUAAAAUACUCAUUAAAUAUAUUAAUGUGCCAUAUGAUCGUCUAAGAUUAAUGGCAUUUUUUGUUCUCGCUGAAAUUAUUCUUCUCAAAGAUUUGAAAACAAUACCAAAUAUCGCUGAAAAAUUAACACAUCUUGUUUUUGAAUUUAUCCAAAAGGCUGCUGAUAGUCCAAAAAGACGCUAUAAUGGUAUCCCAUUUGAACUCCUGUUGAAAUCAUUAUUAACAUUUAUUGAACAGGAUGUAGUUAAAAAAGAAAUAAUACCUUACAUUGAUCUUAUUAUUGAUUAUAUUAUCCAGAAACGUGAGUUUUCUGCGUUGAAAAUUAUACGUAAAUUGUCUUUAUCGACUGAAUUAGCCGAUAUAUUGAAUCAAAACCAAAAAUUAUCAGAAAUAUUAAAUAAUCCCAAAAAAUAUUUUGAUGGUAACGAAAAGCAUAAUAAAAUUAUUGAAGAAAUUCGAUACCAAUUAAAAGUAUUACCGUUCGAACACCAAGAAAAUGAAAAUAAACAGGAAGAACAACAACGAAGACAACAGGCAUUAUUAACUGAUUCAGGAACAUCAAUUAGGAGCAAGAGUGAUUUUCCCAAAUUAUUCAUUAGUUAUUCUCAUAAAGAUAAAGAAAUCUGUGAGACAAUUGUUAAUGAAUUAAAAAAAGAAAAAAACUUAAAAGUAUGGUUCGAUACCGAUAAGGUCAAAGAUUAUGUUAUUGAAGAUAUAACAGCAGGCGUAAAACAAUCGGAUCGUAUUUUACUUAUGUUAAGUGAUCACUAUGUUAAAUCAGAUUAUUGUAGACGUGAAGUGAAGUUUUCUGAAAGUCACAAUAAAAUAUUAAUGCCAUGUAUUAUUCAAAAAAAUUUUCGUGUUACUAAUUACGACUGGCUUAAUUUCAUCCUAGAAGAUAAAUUCGUAUAUUCUUUUCAUAAAGACAAUCCACCGUAUACAUUAACAUUAACCAGACUAAUAAGCCAUAUUAACGACACAAACAAUAAUGAGAUAGAUAAUACAUCAUUAACUGUAGAUUCUCCUAAUACAUCGAUCAGUGUUACAAUUAAUAAAAAGAGAACGAGUAAUUAUUUGAUGAAACACCUGGCUGCGUGGAAUUCAACGGAUAUAUGGGAAUGGUGUAUGGAUAAUAAAUUAGAUAAUUGGACAAAAUCUUUACGUCAUUAUGAUGGAGAAGCAUUACUAGAAUUAAGUAAACUCAUUAACAAGGACAGAAAACUAAAAAAUAUUUGUCUGAACAGUCAAAUAAACGUAUUUGAUGUUGCGCUAUUUAAAAGUGCAAUGAAAAAAAUUCAGUUAAAAAAUGAUAACAACAAUCAAGCAUAA